UCCCGAUAGCCCCGCUAAAGCGAAGGUAAGGUGGACGAGGUAGAAUUGCAAAGUUCUGAUUGAAAACCUGAGUUUGAAAUUCCUAUCAGCUUCGUCUCCGAAUCUUACUCAUCCAUCUUCAACAAUUCUAAACCUUCUAUAUGUACCGAUUCAUCCUGUUUACGCAUCUGAAAUGAUCAUAAUUUUGUUACAUGCAAUCCGAUAAUAUGUUCAUCAAUUCACACAUGCAUUUUCCACAUCUGAUCAUUAACGGGGUUUCGAAUUCGAAUUUGCACGAUAUACAAUCAAAACCGUUGAAUUCGACGAUUUAGAAUCGUAAAAAUGGAUAACAGGCCGGCUGGAACAACUCGUAGCUCGCUUGAGGAAAUGCUUGAGUCCCUCAAGGAGAGGGACGAGGCAGAGCAUCCCAAGGACUUGCCCCCGGCACUGCCAUCAAGGCCUAAUUCUCGAGCUCGUAGACCGUCUGUUGCGAAACGGUCAUUGCCAAAUUUAAUUAGUGUACCUGAUUCUAGUAAUAAGGUGAAGAAGAAGAGAGAGUAUAAAAGAUCAUCAGGGGGUAGUUUUGGAGGGAAGAAACCUAAGGAACCUAGACCAGACGAAUCGCCUUAUGCUUCUGUUACAAUAAGUGAUGUCAAUUUCGAGGAGAAUUUGGAGAACGGUGAUAAGGACAGUGCUGAUUUUGCUGUUAAAUCUUCUUCAUUUCCGAAGUUUAAAGAGCCUGAGUUGAAUGAGAAUCUCGGUUAUUUCAUCAAAAAGAAACUACGAGUUUGGUGUCAACUUAAAGACGGGCAGUGGGAAUUAGGACACAUACAAUCAACUUCUGCAGAAACAGCGUCCGUGUUGCUUGGAAAUGGAAGUUUGGUGAUAGCGAGUACCGGAGAACUGUUACCUGCAAAUCCUGAUAUCCUUGAGGGUGUAGAUGAUCUUAUACAGCUUAGUUACUUGAAUGAGCCAUCAGUGCUUCAUAACCUUCAAUUCAGAUUUACUCAUGAUAAAUUUUAUAGUAAGGCUGGAUCUGUUUUGAUUGCAAUCAAUCCCUUUAAGAAGCUCAAACUCUACGGUAACGAUUAUAUCACAGCUUACAGGCAAAAGCUUAUGGAUAGCCCUCAUGUAUAUGCCAUAACUGAUACUGCCUAUAGCGAAAUGAUGAGAGAUGAAGUAAAUCAAUCACUAAUAAUAAGUGGGGAAAGUGGAGCUGGAAAAACUGAAACAGCAAAAAUUGCUAUGCAAUACUUAGGCGCUCUUAGUGGUGGUAGUGGCGGUAUGGACCAGAAAAUAUAUCAAACAAGUAGUAUACUAGAAGCAUUUGGUAAUGCAAAAACUUCCAGAAAUGACAACUCCAGUCGAUUUGGAAAACUAAUAGAAAUUUAUUUUAGUGCUACGGGGACGAUAUGCGGUGCUAAAAUUCAGACUUUUCUGCUUGAAAAGUCGAGAGUUGUUCAGCUGGCACAGGGGGAGAGGUCGUAUCAUAUCUUCUAUCAGAUUUGUGCUGGGGCUUCAUCUGUUCUGAAAGAGAAGUUGAAUUUAAAAGCAGCGAGCGAGUACAAAUACCUUAAUCAAAGUAGUCGCUUGGUAGUUGACAAUGUUAAUGAUGCUGAGAAAUUUGCACAACUUAUGGAAGCCCUAAAUACGAUUCAUUUGUCUGAAGAAGAUCAACAACAUGCUUUUGAAAUGUUAGCUGCCGUAUUAUGGAUGGGAAACAUAUCAUUUCAAGUUGCUGAAAAUGAAAAUUAUGUGGAGGUUUUGUCUGAUGAAGCAUGCAAAAUGGUUGCUAGUUUGCUAGGUUGCAGUUUAGAGGACCUUAUACUAGCUUUAUCUACCCAUAAAAUUCGGGCUGGGAAGGAGACUGUUGCUAAGAAAUUAACACUACAGCAGGCAAUUGAUACAAGAGAUGCAUUGGCAAAAUUUGUAUAUGCAAGCCUGUUUGAAUGGCUUGUAGAGAAAAUCAAUAGGUCACUUGUGAAAGGUAGAUGGCAAAGCAGGAGAUCCAUAAGUAUUCUAGAUAUUUAUGGGUUCGAGUCAUUUAAGAAAAAUAGCUUUGAACAGUUUUGUAUAAACUAUGCAAAUGAGAGACUGCAGCAGCACUUUAACCGUCAUCUAUUUAAACUUCAGCAAGAGGAGUAUGAGUCAGAUGGAAUUGAUUGGACAAAAGUAGAAUUUGAAGACAACCAAGAGUGCUUGGAUCUGUUUGAGAAGAAACCCAUUGGAUUAAUAUCUUUAUUGGAUGAGGAAUCAAAUUUUCCCAAUGGCAGUGAUUUGACAUUUGCCAAUAAGCUGAAGCAGCACUUGGAGGAUCAUCCUAGCUUUAAAGGAGAAAGAGGUGGAGCUUUCAGUGUUCGCCACUAUGCUGGAGAGGUUCUAUACAACACCACCGGCUUCUUGGAAAAGAACAGAGAUCCAUUGCAACCUGAUACUAUCCAGCUACUUUCAUCGUGCAGUAGACAGCUACCUCAGUUGUUUGCCUCCAACAUGCAAAGCCAAACUCCAAAACCACCAAGUAAUGGCCCUGGAGCAUCUGAGCUCCAUAGAAAAAGUGUUGGAACGAAGUUUAAAGGCCAAUUGUUCAAACUGAUGCAACAGUUGAAUAACUGUACACCACACUUUAUUCGCUGUAUUAAACCAAAUUCUAAACUGCUUCCUGGAUUAUAUGAAAAGCCUCUCGUCUUAGAGCAACUACGAUGCUGUGGAGUUCUGGAGGUAGUCAGGAUAUCAAGAUCUGGGUAUCCUACGCGAGUGACACAUCAAGAAUUUGCAGAAAGAUAUGGGUUCCUGCUUUCGGAGUUUGGUGUCACUCAAGAUCCACUAAGUAUAUCAGCCUCCGUGCUUCAGCAAUUUGGGAUCCAGCCUGAAAUGUAUCAAGUUGGUUAUACAAAGUUAUAUUUCCGAGUUGGGCAGAUUGGUGCAUUAGAGGAUACUAGAAAACGAGUUUUACAAGGUACCCUUGAGGUGCAGAAACACUUUCGUCGUCAUCUGGCUUAUCGUUACUUCAAGGAACUGAAGAGAGGCACGAUAACACUGCAAUCAUUUGUUCGUGCAGAUAUUGUUAAAAGAAAGUACAGUGUUAUGAUAAAUUUGAGGCAGCAGGUUGCGAAAAGACUUAAUGAUCAAUUGAGUGCUGCUGUUCAAUUGCAAUCUGUAAUACGUGGGCUGUUGGUCCGAAAGCAUAUUAAUCACUUGCAGAAUUCUAGCGGCACCCAGGACCUGAUGAAUUCUACUGUAAAGAGUAAGCUAAACUGGCCUUCAGCCGUAGCAGUGCUUCAAAAGCGGGUUUUAGAGGCAGAAGCUGCCGUUAGCAAACUGGAAGAGGAAAAAACAGCACUCAGAGUUCUAGUAGAACAACAUGAAAAUCGGUUGUUGGAAUACCAAGCUAAGGUGAAAUCAAUUGAGGAAAUGUGGGAAAUGAAGAUAGCAUCCUUGCAAAGGAGCCUUGCUGCUGCUAGAAAGGGUGAUUCUGACAAUGCUUCUGGUCAGCCUGGUGGGAGCCCUCUCACCAAACACAGUAACUGGUCGAGAAGUCGUAAUGCAAUCAGUCAUCUCUCGAAAGAAUUUGAGAGCCAGUCACAGAACUUUGAUAAUGAAGCUCUCGCUAUUGUAGAGGUCAACUCAGAAUCAACAAAUUUUGAUGAAGAGUUUCGGGUCCUGAAACAAAAAUUUGAUUCUUGGGAGAGAGAUUACAAAGCUCGUUUGCGGGAUGCCAGGGCAAAAUUGCAAAAGCAACAAGAAGCAGAAAGACAUCAACAGCAUCACCACCACAGAUGGUUGUGGAUACUGAGGACUUUAAAGUUUAAAUAGAAGGGCAGAAAAGCAGCAGUUGCAUAUAUGUGUAUGGACAGACACGGAUGUAUCUAUUAUCCAGAAGUGAACUGUUGUCAAAAUGAUGAAGCUUCCACUCCCCAACUGCAAGACUAUUCUUGUCUUCCGACAUAUAUUAGCCUUUUAUAGUAGCACGAGGUGUGAGCAUAGUUGGAUGGCUGAUCAAGUUUUCAUAUAUAGAAAAGUUUGUUACUAACCCGAGGAAGAAUAAACCAGCCUAUCACAAGAGGAAGGAUCUGGUAUGUUUUUCUUUUUACUUUGUUCGUUCCUGGAGUUGUUGGUAAGGAGUGUGAAUAACAUUGUUGUUGUCAUGUAAGAAAACAAAAACGAAGCCGUUGAACAAGCAGUUGAUUCCGAGAUGUGAAAGAGAAAUGUACAUAUGGCCUCUCCCUCUCUGAUGCUUAUAGUUAGAUUAUACGUAGGAUCGGGACCUUACACUUAUGGCCCCAUGUUAAUGUAUUUCAAAAUCUUUUAGAUGAUUUAUUUUUUUAAUUCUGUAUCAUUUUUCCUCA